GUUAGCUGAUCCCAUCGGCAACAUCAUGAUCCGCUUCGCUGCAAUUCAAUCGCGUAUUUAUAAUUGUUGUCGUAAUAAGUGUUGUUCAAAUGCGUAUUUUUAACGUGGAGCCUGCAGUUAUAUUGCAAUAUUGAACGAACACAAAUUGCAAUUUUUCAGUUAGAAUUUUUAAACAAAAAAAAAAAAUCUGAAAGGCGAUUACAAAAUACGUUAAUACUUAAUCGUUAUUUACUGAGAAUACGAUGGGUGACAGGAACGGUGCAAGGUUCGGCUCGGAACCGCAUCACAAUCAGGACGACGCCCGAGUGCAGUUCACGGACAACCGUAGCGCAACAGGCGUCAGUGGCGGUGACACUGUGCCAUCCGCGAGCUGUUGCGACAACCGGCUCCCGGCCACAGCGGCCAGUGUCACGGCCGCUAUCCUGGCCGUAGCCAUCGCGUGGACGUUGUUGUACGUGAACGUAUCGCCGGAGCUGAUGGCCGUGCCCGGCGGCAGUCUGGCGUCCAUAUUCGUGCUGUACGUGACCGGAACGGUGGCCGGUAAGCUCAUCACCAAGGUGGGCGGUCUGCCUCCGCUGCUUGGCAUGAUGUUGGCCGGCAUCGCUCUCCAGAAUUCCGGUCUAUACAACGUCACUGGUUGGUGUUUCCAUUUGGUGUCCACAAUGAGAGAAGCAGCGCUCACUGUCAUAUUGGUUAAAGGUGGCCUGGAGUUGAACGCCGGCCAGUUACGCCGGCUCAGUGGUGUCGUGGCCAGGCUCACGGUGUUGCCAUGUGUGGCCGAAGCCGUGGCCGCGGGUGUAGCCGCAUAUUUCAUUUUGCCCGACUUCUCGUUGGUGUGGGGUCUGACACUCGGGUUUACCUUAUCAGCUGUCAGUCCAGCCGUAUUAGUUCCAAGUCUAUUCCGGCUAAAACGCUUAGGGUACGGCGAAGAAAAAGGUAUUAACACACUGUUGAUUGCUGCUUCAAGCUUGGACGACGCUGUAUCCAUCAGCGCUUUUGGUAUUUUAUUAGGUGUCCUAUUUUCAAACGGUAGCUUGACCAGUAAAAUAAUACAAGGACCAAUUGACGUGGCAAUUGGAACCGUGUUGGGACUUAUAUGGGGUUGUGUUUUGAUUUUUGUGCCUCCAUCACCAUGGGCCAUGAUAUACAAUAAACGAGAAAACCAAGUUCAAAAUACCAACAAAUCAGAAAUAGAAAAUUCCGUGACGGCCAAAAGGUCGUUUCUACUGGGCGCGGGUGGAUUCUUGGCCGUCACCGGAAGUCAGUGGUGUGGAUAUCCGGGAGCAGGGCCGCUGGCAUGCAUCAUUUCGGCGUUCGUGGCGGGCACCGGUUGGAGGAAACGGUCAGCGGAGCAUAAACGCAACAACCCAGUGAUCUCGACCGACGAAAUGGACCGAGGAGAUGGCGAGGAAAUCGAGGAGGACGGUGAGCUUGCAGUGGUGCAGGUAUUCGAACACGCUUGGACGUGUCUGCAGCCUGUGCUGUUCGCGUUCAUAGGCACCGACCUCAAGUUCGAACUUCUGAAACGUGGCGACAUGAUUCUCCUCGGGCUUAUCGUACUCGCGUUCGGACUCGUGAUCCGUCUGAUGGUCACUACGUGUUCAGUGGUCGGUUCAGGUUUCAGUCGUAAGGAAAUACUAUUCAUUAAUAUCGCUUGGCUUCCAAAGGCUACAGUACAGGCUGCUUUGGCACCGGUGGCUUUGGACAUCGCGAGGAAUUUGGGAACAGCAGAAGAUAUCGAAUGUGCAACUAGAUUGGUAACAAUAGCUGUGAUAUCCAUUUUGUUGACGGCACCCAUAGGAGCAUUUGGCAUACAGUUAUUUGGUCCCAGACUGUUGCCCAGAUCCAGAUAACAACUUAUAACAAUUUCUGAAACCACCGCGUUAAACAUCAACUAAAUAGUACCGCAGAGUAUUCAAUAAUAAUACAAUACUUAAUAAUACGAAAUUGUAUUUGCUGUAAUAAACAAAGACUAUUCCUCAAAACAAGUUAUUUACAGCAACUCACUAAACUCAUAAGUUUCGUUUGUUUGUUUCAAUUUAUAUCACAUUAAACAUCAUUCUAUUAAAUUAUAUGGCAGCAUAUUCAACUAAAAUGCAACAUUAAAUAAAUAAUAUAUCCAA